GCUCGGGCUGCGCGGCGUGUGCAGGCGCCGCCGCUCGCUCCCCGCCGGAUUCUCUGCGCCGCCGCCGCCGCGCCGCUCUCCCUGCUCCGACUCCCGCGCCCCGCCGCCACCGGCUCCGGCUCGGGCCGCGCCGCGCUCCGCAGCCGCCACCUGGGGAUCCCGAGCGAGGCGCGGUCGUCCUUGUGGGAAGGAACCAUGAAUUGGCAUUUGCCCUUCUUCCUCGUGGCCACAGUGACUUUGCCCUCCGUGUGCACCCAGUUCAAUCCUCUGUCCCUGGAGGAGCUAGGCUCUGACACAGGAAUCCAGGUUUUCAAUCAGAUUGUCAAAUCCCGGCCUCAUGACAACAUUGUCGUCUCCCCCCAUGGGAUUGCAUCCAUCCUGGGGAUGCUUCAGCUGGGUGCCGAUGGCAGGACGAAGAAGCAGCUCACCACGGUGAUGAGAUACGGCGUGAAUGGAGUUGGCAAAGUGUUGAAGAAGAUCAACAAGGCCAUUGUCUCCAAGAAGAAUAAAGAUACUGUGAUAGUGGCUAAUGCAGUGUUUGUGAAGAAUGACUCUAAAAUGGAAGUGCCUUUUGUGACGAGGAACAAGGAUGUGUUUCAGAGUGAAGUCCAGAAUGUGAACUUCGAGGACCCGGCCUCUGCCUGUGACUCCAUCAAUGUGUGGGUUAAAAAUGAAACCCAGGGUAUGAUCGACAAUCUGCUCUCCCCAGAUCUUAUCGACGGUGUGCUCACCAAACUGGUCCUGGUCAAUGCAGUGUACUUUAAGGGAUUGUGGAAAUCACGGUUUCAACCUGAGAACACAAAGAAACGUACUUUUGUGGCAGCUGAUGGGAAAUCUUACCAAGUGCCGAUGCUAGCCCAGCUCUCCGUGUUCCGGUGUGGGUUCACAAGCACCCCCAAUGAUAUAUGGUACAACUUCAUUGAACUGCCCUACCACGGGGAAAGCAUCAGCAUGUUGGUUGUGCUGCCCACCGAGAGCUCCACCCCGCUGUCGGCCAUCAUCCCUCACAUCAGCACCAAGACCAUAGACAGCUGGAUGAGCGCCAUGGUGGCCAAGAGGGUACAGGUCAUCCUGCCCAAGUUCACAGCUGUAGCACAAACAGAUUUGAAGGAGCCAUUGAAAGUUCUUGGCAUCACCGAGAUGUUUGAUCCAUCAAAGGCAAACUUUACAAAAAUUACAAGGUCAGAGAACCUUCAUGUUUCUCACGUCUUGCAAAAAGCAAAAAUUGAAGUCAGUGAGGAUGGAACCAAAGCUUCAGCAGUAACGACUGCGAUUCUAAUUGCAAGGUCAUCGCCUCCCUGGUUUAUAGUAGACAGACCGUUUCUGUUUUUCAUCCGACAUAACCCUACAGGUGCUGUCUUAUUCAUGGGGCAGAUAAACAAGCCCUGAAGAGUACACAGAAGAAACUGUGCAAAGUUAAGAAGGCUUUGCUAAGAAGACUCUUUUCCUACAUCUCUCAUAGUUCUGUUGAAUAUUUUUGUACAUUGCUUUCUUUUUCAAAACUAGUUCUUAGGAACAGAGACUCAAAGAUGCUAGUGUCUAUAUUCUGAGGUGUGUUACAGGGAACAAAGGUCAGGAUGGCUGGAACACUGUGCUGAGAAAUGAAGAGGAAGGCUUCAAAAUGUCUAAAUAAUUCUUUAAACUACUGAGCAGU